UCCGGGUCCCCAUACCCGGAAGUAGGUCAUUUCCACGGAAGCCCGACAGACUCUUUGCGUGUUGUUUUUUGUAAGUUGUGUUAUUGCAUGGCAUUUAACCAAACUUUGCCCAGCGCAUUGAUGAGGAGCUCUUCAGUGAGUACGGCUUAAGUGUGGACCAGCUGAUGGAGCUCGCAGGGCUCAGUUGUGCUACCGCCAUCACAAGGGCAUAUCCACUGAGUUUCUUGGUCAAGCCCAAACCCACAGUGCUGGUUAUAUGUGGACCCGGCAACAAUGGAGGAGACGGCCUGGUCUGUGCCAGACAUCUUAAGCUAUUUGGUUACGAACCCUCCAUCCUGUAUCCAAAGAGGCCCAUGUUUUGGGGUCUGACCACCCAGUGCCAGAAAAUGGAGAUCCCAUUUCUUACAGAGAUGCCCGAGGCUCCUGUGAUUGACGAGGCCUUCAACCUGGUGAUCGAUGCCAUCUUCGGCUUCAGUUUUAAGGGGGCGGUGCGAGAGCCUUUUGGUUCCAUCAUCGAUGUCCUGAAGGAGACCACUGUGCCCAUUGCUAGCAUCGACAUCCCUUCAGGUUGGGAUGUGGAGCGCGACGGAUUGCACCCCGACACGCUCAUCUCACUCACCGCUCCUAAAAACUCUGCCACCCUUUUCAAGGGACGCCAUCACUUCCUGGGAGGCCGCUUUGUGCCACCAGCUUUGGAGAGGAAGUACUAGCUCAAUCUGCCCCGCUACCCUGAAACUGACUGUGUGUUAAAAUGAUAAGAUUUGGUUCCUGAAAUGGUUCCUAACAUGCUUUAACCGUUUUAGAAUGCAAUAAAGAAAAUACUUCAUGAAAAGACUCAGCCACAGAAAACUACUAAAUCAUGACUUGGCUCCACAUUCUGUGUAAUUACAUUCUGCUGUAUGCACACUGGCUCCGUUUUGCUCCUCUUAUUUAUUGUGUUAUUUGUUUAUUUAUUAUUUAUUCAUCACUCUUAUUAUUUAUUGUUUGUGCCUUCUUGUUUUUAUAUUGUGUCGUUUACUUGUAUGUCAGAGUCGUGUACUAUGUUUCGUCAACAUGGGAUAGAGGAAAGGUUAUUUCGGUUUCUUUGUGUGUCUUGACAUGUGAAGAGAUUGACAAUAAAGCAGACUUUGACUUUGAUGGA